AUGUCCAACCCACCAAGGCAGUCGAUGAUCAGGCAAACGCGGUCGAAAACCCGCGCGGCGAAGGAGAGUGCAAAUCCCAACCUCCAAGUUGAGACGGAUUCACUGGAGGAAAAUCACUCGUCCAAUUCGUUAGAACCGUCGAUCAUUGAUGUUGAUGGAGGCGAUAAAAUUGAGUGCGGUGGUUGCGACAAACCGAACAGUUACGAAUUGUAUAUGGUCCAAUGCCGAGGCUGUGCCCGUUGGUACCACUUCUCUUGCGCCAAUGUGAAGCAAUCGACGGAAAAGGCCAGAAAGGACAAGUUCGAACGCGAGAAGCAAUAUUUAGCCAAAAGGUUUGAUUUGCUUCGGCAACAAGAUGAGCAAGACGGAACAUCGAAUUCGGGUAGCAGUCAUCGUUGUCAGCAUAGUCGUCAGGGAAGCCAAAACCGAGUUCAGGACUGGGUGGAUGACGUCGCCAGAAUUACCGAAGGCGCUGGCGAGCGUUUACCAGGAACCACCGUAGUCGUCAACGAAAAGGACUUCGACCCGAAUGUCAUCAUUACCAACGAAGGCCACGCUUCAUCAACCCCAGUAAAAACUCAUGUACCUACGCCACUAGUUCCAUUACGUCUGAAUGACAAGAGCCAGGAACUGGUUUCGGCUCCGCGUACCACCGGAAGUAUUGCGAUCGGGGAGACAGCGGACGAGGAUUCAGAAAGCGCGAUUGGAGCUGUUGGCGGGACGAAUCGCCCCAGGAUUUCACCGGUGCUGUCAUUCGUUGAUGUGGUAGGCCCCCUUGACGAUCUGCUGAACAAUCCGGUUGUGACGAAAUCCAAAACGGGCACGAUUCCGAAGUUACAGACUCGUCCAUCCUUCGAACAAUGGCGUUCUCGUACUACCAACAACGAACACGAAAAGGAGCGUGUAAAAGAAAAUGAUGUACGGAGGCAGCGGGAGCUGGAUUUGAUCGAUCAGCUUAACCGGCUCGAGAUGCAGAAAGAAGACGGGUUCCUCAAGAACCGAGAACUGGAGCAGCAGAUGAAAACGCGAGAACAAGAACAGGAGCAAUUGGUGCUGCAAAAACAACGUGAAUUGAGCAAAUUGGAACAACGGUUGCAACGUCAGAAGCAGGAGCAGGAAAACUUCGUCCAGCAACAGCAGAAGGUUUUAAAGAAGCGUGAUGAGGAACUGGACCGUCUACGGCGUCUGGAGCAAGAAUAUAGGCAGUAUAGGCAAGGUCAAAAGCAUCGAGAACUACAUCAAGCGCCGACGAUAGAGAGUCGUAUUCAUCAGAAGGAGAACGAUGAUAUAACAACCCUGCGGCCGCAGGUUCUACAUUCUGCUGCCGCGAUAUCAAAUUCAGCGGGCCACGGAGAGCCUGCAGGAAUUCCUCGCCAAGAUGACAUCUGUGGGAAUCCGGUAAGUGAUGCUUUGCUAGGCGGUACUCAACCGCAUUCACAUGAUGUCCGAUUACAACACCGGAGCUUCGACGAACCUAGAAUCAACACUCCCGUGGGAGGGCGCUCAGAUAUUGACAUAGAAAGUAGGGCGUUUGCUAGUGAAGUUUCUGUUAGGCCUAGUCAGAUACAAAAUCCAGUAUUGAACCCCUACCUCCCAGUCUCGACUCCCCCUGUAGUCAACAACGUCGCUAUUCCUCCCCAAUUGGCUCCUACUCCCCAACAAUUAGCGGCCCGACAAGUGGUUAAUCGUGAAUUACCUAUAUUCGCGGGUGAUCCGAUUGAUUGGCCCCUAUUUAUAAGUAGUUAUAACCAUUCGACACACGCUUGUGGCUACUCAGACUCCGAAAACUUGCUUCGUCUUCAAAGGUGUCUGAAGGGAAGUGCCAAAGAAGCGGUAAGUAGUUUCUUGCUCCAUCCCACAACGGUGCCGCAAGUGGUUUCAACGUUACAACUCCUGUACGGUAGACCGGAGCAAAUCGUCCAGAGUUUGAUCGCCAAAGUACGUAACACGCCGGCACCGAAGAGUGAAAGGUUGGACACGUUAGUAAGUUUCGGUCUCGUUGUGCAAAACUUAUGCGGGCAUUUGAAGGCCAUAGGAUUGGAAAAUCAUCUUUCGAAUCCAGUUCUCCUCAAUGAGCUGGUCGAAAAGUUACCAACAGCAGUGAAGUUCAAUUGGGCCCUUCAUCAAAGUCAACAGAAUAGCUGA